CAUCCACCACCUGGUCCCGAGACAACUUGGUGAGUUCUAUGGUAUUUCCCCUGAAACCCCAACUUAACCAGUCAAACUAACUUACUUGGUUUUGAGGGCGCAGAACUGUAUCAUCAUGCCUAUUGCCCCUAGUGACAGUUAUACUACUCGCCAACCUUUGCCCAAACACUGAUGAAAAGGAGGCCUUAGAUUGGCCCAUCCAGUUGUGUUCUUACAAGCCUUGUUUGGAGUUGACAAAAUUUUUUCUUCCUUACUGAUACUGUCUUCUGGAGGGGAAUCUAUCGGAUUACACCCAUCCCAUCUGUCUCUCACUCUCUCUCUCUCCCCCCCCCCCUUUUUUUUUUCUCCAUCUUGAAAAUUACUUUUUAAAAUAUUGUUAAAAGCUAGUGAUUAAAAAAUGAUUAUAUGAAAUGAUGAAAUCUGUAAUUUUUAAUAUUGAAUUUUAGUUACCGGUACUUGGUAUUAUCAUUUUUUUUAAAUUUCUUUUUUAAAAGUGUGCAAAAGUUAUACAUCACACUGCAAUAGUUACACUACAUCACACAGCAAUAGUUAUACAUCACACUAAAAUAGUUAUACACCAUAAUAGUUAUAUGUCACACUGCAAUAAUUAGCUGUCAAACUGCAUAGUUAUAUGUCACACCACAAUAGUUAUACAUCACAAGUUAAUGUCAUAGAUUUUUCUGAGUCCCAUUUGCAUCUAGGAUCAGUUGCUAUGUUAAAAAAGACAAUAUUUCAUUGGUCAUUUCUUUUCUUUUCUGAGUCCGUUUUGUAUCUAGUAUAAGUUGUUAUAUUAAAAAAGACAAUGUUUCAUUGGUCAUUUCUUUUCUUUUAGACUCUUACGACGAUGUUUGUUGCCAAGUGCAUAUCAUCACAACACAAAGAUCUUAUUCAUGAUGUUUCUUUUGAUUACCAUGGAAGGAGAAUGGCCACCUGUUCUAGUGAUCACACUGUCAAGGUAAGGCCACCUAUUCUAGUGAUCACACUGUCAAGGUAAGAAUGGCCAUCUGUUCUAGUGAUAACACAAUGAAGGCAAUAAUAGACAUCUGUUCUAAUUGUUCUACGUUAUAGUCUAUUCCCAAAUAGAAAUGACAGUCUAUUCCCCAAUAAAAGUGACAGUCUAUUCCCCACUAGAAGUGACUGUCUAUUCACCAUUACAAGUCACUGCCUAUUCACCACUAGAAGUGACAUAGGAUGAUAUCACAGUACUAAAAAGAAAAUUAUAAUAUGAGCUUGUGUUAUUUUACUGUAGAUUUUUAACUCUUCUCAGUGUUAUCUUUUCUGUAAGUUUAAACUCUCAUCUGUUUCCGUAGGUUUAAACUUUUAUCUGUUUCUGUAGGUUUAAACUUUUAUCUGUUUCUGUAGGUUUAAACUCAUCUGUUUCUGUUAGUUUAAACUCUCACCUGUUUCCGUAGGUUUAAACUCUCAUCUGUUUCCGAAGGUUUUAACUCUCAUCAGUUUCCGUAGGUUUAAACUCUCACCUGUUUCCGUAGGUUUAAACUCUCAUCUGUUUCCGUAGGUUUAAACUCUCACCUGUUUCCGUAGGUUUAAACUCUCAUCUGAUUUCGUAGGUUUAAACUCUCAUCAGUUUCCGUAGGUUUAAACUCUCACCUAUUUCCGUAGGUUUAAACUCUCAUCUGUUUCCGUAGGUUUAAACUGUCACCUGUUUCCGUAGGUUUAAGCUCUCAUCAGUUUCCGUAGGUUUAAACUUAUUUUCCAGUUAAUGCAUGAUGGCUGUGUUGCUUGGGGUUGAAAUGGCUAGAAAGACUUUGCAAUUGUAUGCUAGUAAUUAGUUUUUUUAGUGUUGCGUUUGUUUUAAAUGUGGUAAAUUAUAGAUUUGUAUUUUGUUGACUUUGUACCGCGCUUCGAGCCUUUGGGGAUGAAGCGUGUUUUUGAAAUGAACUUUAUUAUUAUUAUUAUCAGUUUCCGUAGGUUUAAACUCUCAGCAGUUUCGUAGGUUUAAACUCUCAUCUGUUUCUGUAGGUUUAAACUCUCAUGUUUUUCUGUAGGUUUGGGAUCUGGAUGAUGGCAAAUGGCAAUGUACAGCAAGUUGGAAGGUGAGUUUUUCAAACAGCUUUUAUCUAUUUUCGUAUCAUGGAAUGCAUUCAGAGGCAGAAUGGGCAUUGUCUGAUAGCUUUUUGGGUCAAGCCUACGGGCUAAAACAAAAAAUUGUCAAAGAAAAUGUCCUCUUUCAAAUAUUUUCAAAAAGGAAGGACUUGAUUUGUUUCAAGCCUGACGAUUUGGUGAUUCUUCGAAGAAAGGUCUCUUAGAAGAAACCGAAAUAAUGAAGACGGCGAUUAUGGAAAUAAUGGGGAUAUGGACUCAGAUUUUUGCAAACACACGUGACUACAAAGCACAUCAGUACUUGUAAAAAUUGUGCUUGAUGCUGCUAUAUCAUACUGAAAAGAAAGAAACAUAUUCAGAUGCUUAUGGAGUGUCAUUUACCUGAUAUAAAUAUUGACGAACUCUUUGAUUAUCACAAGUUACAUAAGGACAGAGGUUCUGGAAAACUGACAUUUAUAAAAAGUUGAUUGAGAAUCAUUGAGAUCAACUUGACCGAGAAACAAAUUGGAAGCAUUGCUGAUGAUGAACUGUGACCCAGACGGCAAACUUGUCAGAGGGACAAAUACUGUAGGUCCUGGCAAAUCAUGUAUGUCGUGGCAAAUAAUGUACGUCCUGGCAAAUAAUGUAUGUUGUGGCAAAUAAUGUAUGGCCUGGCAAAUAAUGUAAGUGCUGGCAAAUAAUGUACGUCCUGGCAAAUAAUGUAUGGCCUGGCAAAUAAUGUACGUCCUGGCAAAUAAUGUAUGGCCUGGCAAAUAAUGUAUGGCCUGGCAAAUAAUGUAACGUCCUGGCGAAUAAUGUACAUCCUGGAAAAUCAGAGCAAGACAUAUGUAAAUAACCACAAAUACUUGUGAUAAUUUCUAUCACAUAAGUUUUGUAAUAUAUCUCUUAGAUUUUGUCUUAGAUUGUUUUCAUUACUUUAGAGAUGUUAUUAUCUUCAACAUUAAUAUUAACAACAUCAAAAAAAUUAUUUUAAAAAAACUUAAGCCUUAAUUUAUACCUGAGACUAUUCAAACAUUACCCAUAAAUGGGCAAUAUUUGUGUCAUAUGUUACUUAAAUGCACAUUUGAUUUAAAUAUGAUUUUGUAACUUAAAAUUUGUUUCAGUUGUGACUGUAAACUUAAAAUUUGUUUUGUAUCAGAUACAAAAGUUAAAUUAUCAUUAAUAUUUUUAAUAAUGUCAGACUCACAGCGGCUCUGUUUGGAGAGUAACGUGGGCACAUCCUGAAUUCGGCCAGGUCCUUGCUACAUGUUCAUUUGACCGCACCGCUGCAGUCUGGGAGGAGCUAAGCAGUGACAUCAGCAGCAAAGGUGGCUCAUCCACAAACACCUGGCUCAAGAGGACAUCACUGGUAGACAGCAGAACUUCAGUCACCGAUGUGGGCUUUGCUCCAAAGCAUCUGGGACUACAACUGGUCAGUUCUUUAAGAAACUGUGGUCAUUUGUGUUUGUGUUAAUACAUCUGGUCAGUUCUUUAAGAAACUGUGGUCAUUUGUGUUUGUGUUAAUACAUCUGGUCAGUUCUUUAAGAAACUAUGGUCAUAUGGUUUGUGUUAAUACAUCUGGUCAGUUCUUUAAGAAACUAUGGUCAUUUGUGUUUGUGUUAAUACAUCUGGUCAGUUCUUUAAGAAACUAUGGUCAAUUGUGUUUGAAAUUCAUGUGGACAUGUUUUUUGGCAUGUGGACGUGUUUGUUUGUGUAAAUGUGUUUUCUAAAAUUAAUUUCAUUAUUUUAAUGCCUGAAUGUCAAAAGGGGGCCGCACUAGAGAUGAUUAAGGCUUAUAAAGACGACACGGUCUCAGUCUUUAUGGACGGCUCCUAUCUCAUCAGCAAGAAGUGGGCAGGCUACGGUGCCCAAAGAGGGUACCUCCAACAGAGGAGAUUUCAGGCCCGAACGCCGAACGGCACAAAUAGCUCUGCAACAGAUGCAGAAGUUGGGUCUGAAACAAGUGCGCCGUCGGCUUGCCAGAUGCAAAACAUUUCCAUCCAUCGUAGUUUUUACCAAUUCACAAUCUGCUCUAGAAAUUGUGAUAUGGUGCUCUUUAGACACGAAGAUGGCGCAAGCAAUACUGUAGCUUGUACGAGACUUACAGUCUCACAGAGGCACAGUGACCCUUCAAUGGAUCCCAGGACAUGUGGGGAUCCCUCCACAAAACGGAGCUGACUAUCUUGCGAGGCAAGGCUCUUCCCAGCCUCAACCUAACCGACCAAUGACCCAACUGGGGGCGAAGGCCUGGAUUAAGGACCUCUUCCAUGAGGAAUGGAUUAAAGAAUGGGAACAGGGUACCACUGCCCGAAAUUUUACCGGAGCAUGCCAAAAACAAACUGCAAGGGUGACCAAUGGUGGAGUCUUAAAUACCACCAGCAGAGCCUCAUCACCCAGAUAAGAACAGAGCAUUACCCUACCAGGAGCUACUUGAACAGGUUGCACCCACUGCGGGAUCCGAGCUGCCACCAUUGUGGACAGGCGCCGGGGAGAGUAGAGCACCUUCUAGCCGAGUGCUCGACAUUAGCGACUGGUGUGACUGGGGUCGAAAGCCUGAUCUACGGGACUGCCCAGCAGAUGAGACAGGCCUGUUCCAUACUUGCCGGGGCUGUUAAAGAGCAAUAGCUCGGUCCCUUACAGUGAAUGUAAUAGUUCUGUCUUUGUUAGCAUCACAUAUAAUAGAAAUUUUUGUCUGUGUUAGCAUUACAUGUAAUAGAAAGUUUUGUCUGUACUGACAUUACAUAUAAUAGAAAGUUUUGUCUGUGUUGGCAUUAAAUAUAAAAUAUAAAGUCUUGUGUCCCCAGGCCACGUGUUCAGCUGAUGGGGUGGUCAGGAUCUAUGAAGCUGUCGAUGUCAUGAACCUCAGCAACUGGCAACUUCAGUAUGAGUUCAACUGUAACCUGAGUCUGAGUUGUCUCUCUUGGAACACAUCCAGGUAAAUGGUGGUGUUCUUUGCCAGGUAAAUGGUGGUGUUCUUUGCCAGGUAAAUGGUGGUAUUUUUUUUAAUUUAACAAAAUCCAUUAAAUAAAAUGCUGUGUUUACAAACAUGCAUAUGUCUUUUAUGGUGCGGUGCUAUAUUUUUGUAUUACAUUGGUUUAUGUAACUUAGUUGAAUGUUUUGUAUCGGUAGCGGAUGUUAUACAGGAUUCACAAAUCCCACAUCGACUCAAUUUUAAGUUUAGUUGAAUGUAUGGUAACAGAUGUUAUUCAACACUCUGUUGAAAUAUCGACAUAUUAAGUUGAUAUAUGAAAUGUCAGAAGAAAUGAAGUAAAGCACUAAGAUUCAUUUGUUCUAACUUAAUUCCGUUCAGAAUGCAUGCUCCAAUGAUAGCUGUGGGGAGUGACGAUGCCAACCAAUCAGCUGGAGGGAAGGUCCAAAUCUAUGAGUACAGUGAAACAACCAGGUGGGUACGUGUGUACAAUCUGAGUACAGUUUAACAACCAGGUGGGUACGUGUGUACAAUCUGAGUGCAAUGAAACAAUUAGGUGGGUACAUGUGUACAAUCUGAGUACAGUGAAACAACCAGGUGGGUGCGUGUGUACAAUCUGUGAGUACAGUGGAACAACCAGGUGGGUACAUGUGUACAAUCUGUGAGUACAGUGAAACAACCAGGUGGAUACAUGUGUACAAUACAGUGAAACAAUUAGGAGGGUAUGUGUGUACAAUCUGAGUACAUUGAAACAAGCAGGUGGGUGUGCAUGUACAAAUUAUUGUUUUUAAAAUUUUCAUCAUCUGUAAGUCACAGUGUGACAAUUGUGUAGUCAUCAUCUGUAUGUCACAGUGUGACAAUUGUGUAGUCAUCAUCUGUACGUCACAGUGUGACAAUUGUGUAGUCAUCAUCUGUACGUCACAGUGUGACAAUUGUGUAGUCAUCAUCUGUACGUCACAGUGUGACAAUUGUGUAGUCAUUAUUUGUACGUCACAGUGUGACAAUUGUGUAGACUUUGAAAAACAAAACCACAAGGCCUGAGUUUUUUUUCUUUUAGUAGCAUAAACUAGUUGCAUAGGCAGCAAGUCAUCUCUGUUAACCCAUCUGGUGAAUCCAAGGAAGCAUCAUGCAUGAAUGAUACAGCUUGGCACCGGUAGCGUCGCAGGAGCCGCCAGAAUUUUUAUUGAGUUAAUAUCAUGCCACCGACAGAAUGCCGUCCAAGGUUAACGCGUCCCAUUGACCCGGGGCUGCCGGUGAUGAAUUUGUUUGUCAAGGCUUUUGCCGGGGAUUGAACUCCAAACCAUUAGAGGUGCGGUUGAAACUGCCUACAAAUCUAUGAAAACAAUUAAAGAACUAAAGGGGCCGCUAUGUCUCUACAUAACUGGUCUUGUUGGUUCAGGUGGAUUGCCAUAGAAAUAGUUUAUUCUUUUAAUGGAAGAAAUUCUUAGCACCUGUUUCGGUUUUAAUGAUUUUUUUUUUUAGUUGAAGAGUUUCUUAUUUUAGGCUUGAAACUAAUAAAUUUACACAAUUUAAUUGUUAUUUUUAAAAUAAAUAGUUAGUUUGUUUGGCUAGUUUGUUUGGCUAGUUAUGACGUCGACAUAUUUGAUGUCAAUGACAUUUAAUUGGUUUUCCCUGUCUUCAGAAAAUGGCAAAAAGUUGAAACCAUCUACACAGUUACAGAACCCGUUCAUGAUGUCAGAUUUGCUCCAAACCUGGGGAGAUCUUAUCACCUGCUAGCAAUAGCUUCCAAUGAGCUGACAAUUGUGUCGCUGAAAAAUCUCAGGUAAACAUAGAUACAAUCUCAGUUUAACGUUAAAUCUCAGGUCAAAAGACAAAAAUUUCAAGGACACUAAUCAGAUGCAUCGUCUUGCUGGACCAGCCUUGUCAUAUGCAUCACCUUGCUGGACCAGCCUUGUCAUAUGCAUCACCUUGCUGGACUAGCCUUGUCAUAUGCAUCACCUUGCUGGACCAGCCUUGUCAUAUGCAUCACCUUGCUGGACCAGCCUUGUCCUAUGCAUCACCUUGCUGGACCAGCCUUGUCAUAUGCAUCACCUUGCUGGACUAGCCUUGUCAGAUGCAUCACCUUGAUGGACCAGCCUUGUCAUAUGCAUCACCUUGCUGGACCAGCCUUGUCAUAUGCAUCACCUUGCUGGACCAGCCCUAUCAGAUGCAUCACCUUGCUGGACCAGCCUUGUCAGAUGCAUCACCUUGCUGGACUAGCCUUGUCAGAUGCAUCACCUUGCUGGACUAGCCUUGUCAUAUGCAUCACCUUGCUGGACUAGCCUUGUCAGAUGCAUCACCUUGCUGGACCAGCCUUGUCAUAUGCAUCACCUUGCUGGACCAGCCUUGUCAUAUGCAUCACCUUGCUGGACUAGCUUGUCAGAUGCAUCACCUUGCUGGACUAGCCUUGUCAUAUGCAUCACCUUGCUGGACUAGCCUUGUCAUAUGCAUCACCUUGCUGGACUAGCCUUGUCAUAUGCAUCACCUUGCUGGACUAGCCUUGUCAUAUGCAUCACCUUGCUGGACUAGCCUUGUCAUAUGCAUCACCUUGCUGGACUAGCCUUGUCAUAUGCAUCACCUUGCUGGACUAGCCUUGUCAGAUGCAUCACCUUGCUGGACUAGCCUUGUCAUAUGCAUCACCUUGCUGGACUAGCCUUGUCAUAUGCAUCACCUUGCUGGACUAGCCUUGUCAUAUGCAUCAUAUUUUUAGAUCAGUCUUGUCAGAUGCAUCUUCUUUAUGGACAAACAUGUUAUAUUCAAGGUACCAUAAGUGCUCCCUCAGAUUUGCCAGGGGAAAACCUUAUAAGUGUGUGACUCUGUUAUAAGCCAACCUCCUCAGAUUUGCCAGGGGAAAACCUUAUAAGUGUGUGACUCUGUUAUAAGCCAACCUCCUCAGAUUUGCCAGGGGAAAACCUUAUAAGUGUGUGACUCUGUUAUAAGCCAACCUCCUCAGAUUUGCCAGGGGAAAACCUUAUAAGUGUGUGACUCUGUUAUAAGCCAACCUCCUCAGAUUUGCCAGGGGAAAACCUUAUAAGUGUGUGACUCUGUUAUAAGCCAACCUCCUCAGAUUUGCCAGGGGAAAACCUUAUAAGUGUGUGACUCUGUUAUAAGCCAACCUCCUCAGAUUUGCCUGGGGAAAACCUAAUAAGUGUGUGACUCUGUUAUAAGCCAACCUCCUCAGAUUUGCCUGGGGAAAACCUAAUAAGUGUGUGACUCUGUUAUAAGCCAACCUCGUCAGAUUUGCCUGGGGAAAACCUAAUAAGUGUGUGACUCUGUUAUAAGCCAACCUCGUCAGAUUUGCCUGUUGAAAACCUAAUAAGUGUGUGACUCUGUUAUAAGCCAACCUCGUCAGAUUUGCCUGGGGAAAACCUAAUAAGUGUGUGACUCUGUUAUAAGCCAACCUCGUCAGAUUGGCUGCUGGGUGUCCGAGUGGUCUAAACUGUCUCAAACCAAAUAGCUUGUUGUCUGUCCAGCCCCACCAAAGCCAACAUCCCAAGCACCCCGGGUGGUUGGGAUGCGUUAGUCUUGUAGUGCAACUCAUAUCUAAGAGAAGGCAAACUCUGAACUCAAACCAGAAGCCAGAAUGCUCAAUAAAUCUAUCGUGGGCCCUCAAAUAUAAGAAGACAUUUGCCUGGGACAAACCUAAAAAGUGUGUGACCUUCUUAUAAGCCAACCCCAUAAUAUAAUAUGCCAAUACAAGCAACAUGGUACCAAGACUAAAAUAUUUUAAAAUCCAAACUUUAAAAAAAUAUUUAUUCCAUCCCUGUGACGUUGCAGCCCAUGUAGGGCUUUGGCCUGCCUCACCACUUCCUUCCACUCAGACCUAAAUGAUGCUUUUCUUUCACAUGCUUAGAUGUCCAGCUGCUGCAGAUCUUUUGUCACAUCAUCCAUCCAUCUAAGCCUGGGUCUACUUUUGACCCUUUUUCCUGUGGGGUUUUGGUGAUGCACCCACUUCACUCAUCCGGCAUUUGGCCAAUAAAAUGACGCUCCUAUAAUAUUUACCAAGUUUCAAAACUAUUGUUAUAAUUUAUUUGUUAUUUGAUAGUAUUCUAUUAUUUUUGAGGAUUCAACAAUGUAUUCUUGGACCAUGUCAUGUUCUGGUCCAUGAGCAUAUGUCUACCAUUAUUUGAAUGAACUCACUCUGUGUUGUAACACUUAUUUGAACUCACUCUGUGUUGUAACACUUAUUUGAACUCACUCUGUGUUGUAACACUUAUUUGAACUCACUCUGUGUUGUAACACUUAUUUGAACUCACUCUGUGUUGUAACACUUAUUUGAACUCACUCUGUGUUGUAACACUUAUUUGAACUCACUCUGUGUUGUAACACUUAUUUGAACUCACUCUGUGUUGUAACACUUAUUUGAACUCACUCUGUGUUGUAACACUUAUUUGAACUCACUCUGUGUUGUAACACUUAUUUGAACUCACUCUGUGUUGUAACACUUAUUUGAACUCACUCUGUGUUGUAACACUUAUUUGAACUCACUCUGUGUUGUAACACUUAUUUGAACUCACUCUGUGUUGUAACACUUGAGCAAGAAUCCAACUAAGAAACAUCAACAAAAACAAACCAAAAAAAAGGGCUUGGAAAGAAAUGUUUUGUUGCCUUUAUAUACACAGGUGUAUAUACUGCUAUAAAUAUCAAUGGACAAGUAUCAUCUUAAUCAGAGCCCAGCAACCCUCACAGCUUAGUCAUGGCUUAACCAAUGUCUCUUGUUGGACAGCUUAGUAAUAGGCUUAACCAAUGUCCCCAGUUGGACAGCUUAGUAAUAGGCUUACCCAAUGUCCCUUAUUGGACAGCUUAGUAAUAGGCUUAUCCAAUGUCCCUUGUUGGACAGCUUAGUAAUAGGCUUAACCAAAGUCCCCAGUUGGACAGCUUAGUAAUAGGCUUACCCAAUGUCCCUUAUUGGACAGCUUAGUAAUAGGCUUAUCCAAUGUCCCUUGUUGGACAGCUUAGUAAUAGGCUUAACCAAAGUCCCCAUUUGGACAGCUUGGUAAUAGGCUUACCCAAUGUCCCUUGUUGGACAGCUUAGUAAUAGGCUUAACCAAUGUGCCCUGUUGGACAGCUUACUAAUAACCAAUGUCUCUUCUUACCAACAUUAUUUUAAUCAUCUUUACAUGCCUACAAUUCUGUGCUCUUCAUCUCUUAGAGGUGUUUAGUGCAACGCACCAUGCCUCAUCUAGCAGCACACCAGUGUGUAGCAGCACAUCACUGUGUAGUAGCACACUAGUUGCAGAGCUCUGAUCUAAGUGCAGAUCUAAUUGAUAUUCCAGUGAUAUACCUAGCUAUAUGAUUUCUCGGUGAUAUACUUAAAUAUGAUAUCUCGGUGAUAUACCUAGCUAUAUGAUAUAUGGGUGAUAUACCUAGCUAUAUGAUAUAUGGGUGAUAUACCUAGCUAUCUCAGUGAUAUCACUAGUACAUAACUCAAACAUCACAAUGCUCAGAGAUGACCAACUGAAUUUGAUCAUUUUCUUUCAGAGAUGACCAUUUGAAUUUGAUUAUUUUCUUUCAGGAAAGAAGGUGGAAACAGUCCGAGUAAGUUUGAGAUCCGUCAGUCAGCAAGUUUUGAGGACCAUGAAUCAGUGGUAUUUAUCUCAUUAUUAGAUUCUUUAUCUGUGUUAUUAUCUCAUUAUUAGAUUCUUUAUCUGUGGUAUUUAUCUCAUUAUUAGAUUACUAGAAAGAUAAGAGCUGAUGUCACUGGGAUAAUAAUGGAAAGCAAUUUGUGAUGUUUAAUAACUGCUAUUGCGAAGUCAUACCAUCUAACCAUCAGACUUUCCAUGUUUUAAUAACUGCUAUUGCCAAGUCAUACCAUCUAACCAUCAGACUUUCCAUGUUUUAAUAACUGCUAUUGCCAAGUCAUACCAUCUAACCAUCUGACUUUCCAUGUUUUAAUAACUGCUAUUGCCAAGUCAUACCAUCUAACCAUCAGACUUUCCAUGUUUAAUAACUGCUAUUGCGAAGUCAUACCAUCUAACCAUCAGACUUUCCAUGUUUUAAAAAGAUGUAUUUAUGUAUUGAUGUUUACAUUUCUAACAUCAUUUUGUUUUGAGAAAUACUUAUCUGCUAUAAUAUAAUGUAAGCCUACCUUACCCAUAUGUAAGCCUACCUUACCCAUAUGUAAGCCUACCCAUAUGUAAGCCUACCUUACCCAUAUGUAAGCCUACCUUACCCAUAUCUAAGCCUACCUUACCCAUAUGUAAGCCUACCUUACCCAUAUGUAAGCCUACCUUACCCAUAUGUAAGCCUACCUUACCCAUAUGUAAGCCUACCUUACCGAUAUGUAAGCCUACCUUACCCAUAUGUAAGCCUACCUUACCCAUAUGUAAGCCUACCUUAUCCAUAUGUAAGUCUACCUUACCCAUAUAUGUAAGCUUACCGUACCCAUUUUCAGAAUCCUAAAUUUACAACCAAAAACAAACCAACAUGUCUUUUCAUUUACAACAAAAAAAUUUAAAUAUGAUUUUAAAAAUCUGUUACAUUAACAGAAUUUGAACUGUUGGUAUCUUCGUUAAAAGAUUAACCACAGCUUCUCUACUAUAUUAGUGGAAAAUUGUUAAAAACAGAAUUCUUAAGAAUUGAAGAAUAUGUUAACUAAACAAUUUCAAUGCUUACUUUUGUAUAUUUUUGUUAACAGUUGAUUUACUUUUAAAUUGGAGAGAGAAAAAAACUUUAAAUUUUUUUUCAAUUUGCUCACUUGAAUGUUAAAACAGUAAUUAGUAAAAUUCAUAGUUCCCAAAUUUUAUUGUAUAUGAUCUAUAUACCGAUAUUCAAAUCUGUAUUGUUUUUGGGUUUUGAGAUAGGACAGAAGUAAUAUCACUGAAGUACAUAAAUGUUUUUAAAAAUGUACCAACCCACCUAAAUAUAUAUAAAUAAAUAUACAUAUAUUAAUUUCCGCGCCCUGGUACUGUAAAAAUCAGAGUGAAAUUUAUAAUAAUUAUACAAAAAUAAAGUACUUAGAGAAUAACCUUUUAAUGAUAAUAUCUGAAGUUAACUAUGGGUUUAUUCACGGUCAUGAGUAGGUAUUAUUACCUACCGAUGUGGCAGUGUUGAUUUUUAGAUUUAGAGUAGUGUCAGGGAAGACCAUCACUAUACAUUUCUACAUUAAUGUGAAUAAAUUGUACAUUGAGCUCUUUUAUUGUUUCAAAAUCCAAACCUGUUAAUCUAAAAAUGAGCUUGGAAAGCUAUUUUGGCUAUGAAGUACACAAGUCCCUUUUUUAUAGUUUUCUCAAUUAUUACUGACGUGUCUACUAACUAUGGCACUAUAGUAAUAGUAAUGAUACUAUUUGCUAAUACUAUAUUGAAAAAUGUACAUGUAAUCAUUUUUUACUCUUAAAUUAACUUUUGGCCAAAUCCAAAAGAAUGCCUUUAUACCAAAUACACUCCCAUUGAUGUAAAAUAGUUUAGUUCUAUAUAUAAUCAUAAAAUUCAAUCCGUUUUAUUUUAAAUUUAUAAUAUUUAUUCAUAGAACUUAAUAGAAGAUAAUAUUAAUAAAUUUCUAAUGAUACUGUGUCAUUCUAAUGACAGUAGACAGUUGAGUCAUUUGGGGCAUUAACAUAGGGUACAUUUAAAUUUAAUUUUGCAAUCUUAACAACACAAUUAAAACAGCAGAUGUUUGGGUUUUCCUAAUAAAUAUGAUUAUAAAUUAAUGAUAGCAAUACUUUGACGAUAAUUUAUUGAUUAUAAAAAGAAUACUUUAACUUUCAGAUUGGGAUAAAAUGCUAAAAAAUAGUUCUUUAAUUGUUAAUUUUAUGAAUGUUUUUCUAAUUAAAGAGAUAAUCAUAUAUUAGCAGAUAUAUUUUAUUUGUUUCAUUUUUAAAUUGAUUUGAUUUCUGUAAAAUUAUAGAAAAUCCCUGUCACUGUUUUUAAGAAUCUGAGCAUUUAAAUCAAUUUUUUUUAGCAUAAUAGGGAUACCAUAGCUCAUUCUUAUAUAUGUAUAUAUCUAAUUAAUCUGUUGUGUGUAUAUAUAUAUAUAUAUAUAUAUAUAUAUAUAUAUAUAUAUAAUAUAAUUAAUCUUUUGUAAUUUUUUAGAAUAAUAGAGAUAUCAUAGCUCAUUUUUAUAUAUAUAUAUAUAUAUUUAAUCUGUUGUGUGUAUAUAUAUAUAUAUAUAUAUAUAUAUAUAUAUAUAUAUAAUAUAAUUAAUCUGUUGUAGCUGUCAAGGCCAAGGAAACUAGUUAAUUUUUGUCUUGAACUAGUCAUUAAAAGUAGAGAAAGUUAAUUCAAUUUAAUGAAAAGUCUCAAUGACCAAUGAGCAGGCUGGUGAAAAGUUGUGUUGGUCUAAUAAAUGAAUGUGUAUGCAUAGUGUGGCUUGGUGUGAGCUAGAUGAGGGUUAUUAGAGAUUAAGAAAGCUUGAGAGAUCGCUAGUCCUGAAAAAUAUGUCUAUCAGAAAAAAGUCUGUUAUAGUUCAGUUAAUUCGCUAAGGAACAUGUCUUGAGUUGUUAUGUAGCCUGGUGUACUUUGUGACCAGAUGUUGUGCAGUAUGACCUGAUGUUGUAAGGCAGGGGUCUCAAACUCAAAUCAUCCGAGGGCGGCACAUGGUAGAGUCUGAGUGAGACUGGGCCACAUCAAGUAAAAAAAAAAGCGAUUACAAAUUUAAAAAAAUACAAUUGGUACAAUCUGCUCAACCUUUAUUAAUGACAAAAUAAAAAAAUUAAGGGUUCUCAAGUACUAGGCUUCACUUUCUUCCUCCUACUCCUUAUUGCCAGAGACCUGGUAGCGCUUCUUUUUACACACCAGAGCAACAUUAGGCUUGAGUGAGGAAGCAACUGAGACUCUCAGUAUAGCUUGAAUAUGCUCAUCAAUAAGUUUCGCCCUGAACUUUGACUUGUUAAAGUUCAUAGUGGGAAAAAGAGCUUUUCACACAGAUAGGAACCCCCAGAGAGGCACAGGAUCCACUGGAGCAACCUGGAAACCUCAGUGAAGGUGAAGGGCAAUGCUCUCAUAAAAUGUCAAUGCUUGUCUGUUUCUACAUUCACCUCCCUGAACUUAGAAUUGCGCUGAAGAUCAAUCAGCUCCAUUUGAAGCUUAAGUGGGGUGGGGGCGCAUCUUCCACUAUAAAGAGAAAGGAUCAGCAGGAUCUUUGUGUUUUGAAGUCUAAAAACAUGUGAUCUAAUUCUUACUGUGGCUAUGCAAUGGCAUCAGUAUACUUAUUACUGAAUGGUGUGCCGAGUCCAUGAGUACUUUGCAUGUUGGGAAAUGUCAGAGGUUUCUCUAAGAACCAUAACAAGUUUUGUGCAGAAUGCCCCGACAUUGUCAUAGGCAACACUGAUAAGCUUCCCCUGGUCUUGUAACUUCUUGCUGAGUACAUUCAGCUCCUGUGUAAUGUCAGCAAGUAAAGCCAAGUCCAUGAGCCGUACAGGAACAACCACCCCAUCCUUUUUCAUGAAGGCUUAAAAUGCUAAAAUGUGUUCAGAUAGUAGGAAAGAGUAGGCAAUAUUUAUGAAUAUUGAUGCAAAGGAAGAUGCUAAUUGUAGGGAGAAUGAAUUUUUAUCGUAGAAAAUAAAUUUUUGAAAUGGAACCAAGUUCAUAUGCUUGGAAUUUCCCUCACUCAUUAACAGUAGGGGCAAAUUUUAAUAGGCAUUCUUUGAUUCUGUGUCAGAUUGCUACGAUUUACACAAUUAUCGUUGUGCAUUAUCCACUAACUGAAAUUUUAAACUUUUCUCAAAAUCGCACUGUGGCCAUGUUUGUCUCAUACAAUGCUACAAAAUAAAAACUUUUAGGCCGGUUUUAAAACAGUUUUUACCAUGAUUAUCAAUUUCCAAAUCUAUGCAAACAUAAUAAAAAUUCAGAAUUAGGCUAGUCGGUGAGGUUAGACUGAAACCUUCGUUUGGGGGGGGGGGGGGGGCAUAUUAUAGAUUGGAGUAUGGGGAAAACUUGCGGGCCGCAUUCCAAUAAACUUUNGUGGCACAAGACAUGACCAGUGGCACAAGACAUGACCAGUGGCACAAGACAUGACCAGUGGCACAAGACAUGACCAGUGGCACAAGACAUGACCAGUGGCACAAGACAUGACCAGUGGCACAAGACAUGACCAGUGGCACAAGACAUGACCAGUGGCACAAGACAUGACCAGUGGCACAAGACAUGACCAGUGGCACAAGACAUGACCAGUGGCACAAGACAUGACCAGUGGCACAAGACAUGACCAGUGGCACAAGACAUGACCAGUGGCACAAGACAUGACCAGUGGCACAAGACAUGACCAGUGGCACAAGACAUGACCAGUGGCACAAGACAUGACCAGUGGCACAAGACAUGACCAGUGGCACAAGACAUGACCAGUGGCACAAGACAUGACCAGUGGCACAAGACAUGACCAGUGGCACAAGACAUGACCAGUGGCACAAGACAUGACCAGUGGCACAAGACAUGACCAGUGGCACAAGACAUGACCAGUGGCACAAGACAUGACCAGUGGCACAAGACAUGACCAGUGGCACAAGACAUGACCAGUGGCACAAGACAUGACCAGUGGCACAAGACAUGACCAGUGGCACAAGACAUGACCAGUGGCACAAGACAUGACCAGUGGCACAAGACAUGACCAGUGGCACAAGACAUGACCAGUGGCACAAGACAUGACCAGUGGCACAAGACAUGACCAGUGGCACAAGACAUGACCAGUGGCACAAGACAUGACCAGUGGCACAAGACAUGACCAGUGGCACAAGACAUGACCAGUGGCACAAGACAUGACCAGUGGCACAAGACAUGACCAGUGGCACAAGACAUGACCAGUGGCACAAGACAUGACCAGUGGCACAAGACAUGACCAGUGGCACAAGACAUGACCAGUGGCACAAGACAUGACCAGUGGCACAAGACAUGACCAGUGGCACAAGACAUGACCAGUGGCACAAGACAUGACCAGUGGCACAAGACAUGACCAGUGGCACAAGACAUGACCAGUGGCACAAGACAUGACCAGUGGCACAAGACAUGACCAGUGGCACAAGACAUGACCAGUGGCACAAGACAUGACCAGUGGCACAAGACAUGACCAGUGGCACAAGACAUGACCAGUGGCACAAGACAUGACCAGUGGCACAAGACAUGACCAGUGGCACAAGACAUGACCAGUGGCACAAGACAUGACCAGUGGCACAAGACAUGACCAGUGGCACAAGACAUGACCAGUGGCACAAGACAUGACCAGUGGCACUGAAUUAAUAAUCGAGAGAUCUAAAAUCAGGGGCGGCCUAACCAAAUAGCUUCACGGUUCACUUUGAUCACAAGUCAACGCUUCGUUGGGCCGCAUACCAUUAAACCCAAUAAAGAAAAGAAAAACCAAAUAAACAAUGGACACAAUUCUCUUGUUCUAGUUUCACUAUUUCUUUCAAAGGAGCGCCACAUCUAAAUCCUAUAGAUAAAUAUUCAAGUUAACCCUUAAACAUUUUUAAUUGGUAAGUGCUCCAGAAUUGAAUGUAAUUCGAUUGAUUGCAAGGUAUCAUUUAAAUUAAGACUUACUGUGGGACAUAUCAAGAGGCUUUAGAUAGAAUCCGGUCCUUAAGUUGCCAUUUAAAUUUUGACCAAAUCAAAAUCCUUUAUUCAUCAUUAAAUUUAAAGUUUGUUCAUUGGUUGAGAGCCAUGGUUUUGGCCCAGUCCAAAAAGAGGCCAGUCAGUGAGGUGUGACAGUUGUCGCUUAAAGAGCACCUUUUCAUAAUCCUUUAAUAUUCUAGGAAAUAUUUAAAAGCUGUUAACUGGUUGAGGGGCCUCUGUUAUGAAAGAAUUUAUGGCCCCUGUUGGGCAACCUGCGGUCAGAAAAUUAUAACACACUCAUUGACCUGCUCAUAAGCCGGCCACCCCACUUAUUCCACAAGAAAUAUUUCAAAAAAACGUCGGCUUUAGAACGAGUAUAACAAGUAUAUUUUGCUAGACACCUUGCCCUUUAUAUUUGUCUUGUUAAAAUAUAUGCAUUCUGUUUAUUUCCAGCCAAUUACCUGGACAACUGGAAGUGCAUCUCAGUCCUGAAAGCUGACAGCGACGCCUCCGAGGCUGAGAGAGCUUCAAUGCACGCCCCCAGCAUGUCCAGCACCCUCAACUUGGCAGGCACCCCCAGCUCGGGCACAUUCAGGUAG